GGAGGAUGGUAUGAUUCUCCGGCAAAAUAAUACAAACUGAACAACAGCGUCCCGCAGAAAUUCAUCUCUCUACAUGAGGAAUCAUGAGGAUACAUUAGACGAGCGCCACCAGCGCACAUUCGUCUAUUGUGCACGGAUACGGGACUGUCUGGAGCCGCUUUCACUGGUACCAGUCAACCAUUAGAAGUGAUAGAAAGUGUCUCUGUGAUUGUGAUAGUCGGCUCUGAUCUUCAGGGAUGUGCCAUGGCAUCGGUUCGGGUGGCAGUGCGGGUCCGGCCCAUGAACAGACGGGAGAAAGACCUGUCUGCUAAAUGCAUCAUCGAAAUGGAAGGAAACAAGACCACCAUCACCAACUUAAAAAUACCAGACGGAGUGACUGGAGACUCGGUGAGAGACAGAACAAAAAUGUUCACGUACGAUUUCUCUUACGACUCAUCGGACUGUAAAAACACCAGCUUUGUGUCGCAGGAAAAGGUGUUUAAGGAUCUAGGCACUGAUGUUUUGAAGGCAGCAUUUGAAGGAUAUAACGCCUGCAUCUUCGCUUACGGCCAGACUGGAUCGGGGAAGUCACACACCAUGAUGGGCAUCCCUGGCGAUGUCGGUCUGAUUCCACGGAUCUGCGAAGGAUUAUUCAGCCGGAUCUCAGGAAUGACUCGGAGAGAUGAAGCUUCUUUCCGUACAGAAGUCAGUUAUUUGGAGAUUUACAACGAACGAGUGCGUGACUUGUUAAGGAGAAAAAUGGCGAAGACAUUCAACCUCAGAGUCAGAGAGCACCCUAAAGAAGGACCCUAUGUGGAAGACCUGUCGAAACACUUGGUGCAGAACUACAGUGAUGUGGAGGAGCUGAUGGAGGCAGGAAACAUCAACCGCACGACGGCCAGCACUGGCAUGAACGACGCCAGCAGCCGCUCGCAUGCCAUCUUCACAAUUAACUUCACACAGGCAAAGUUUGACGCAGAGAUGCCAAGCGAGACGGUGAGUAAGAUUCACCUGGUUGAUCUGGCAGGAAGUGAGAGGGCCGACGCUACAGGGGCCACUGGUGUGCGUCUCAAAGAGGGCAGCAAUAUUAACAAAUCACUCGUCACUCUGGGCAAUGUCAUCUCAGCCUUAGCUGAUCUGUCACAGGAAGGAGGAAACAGUCAUUUGAAGAAGAAGCAAGUGUUUGUUCCGUACAGAGACUCUGUGCUCACCUGGCUACUAAAGGACAGUCUGGGAGGAAACUCCAAAACCAUCAUGAUCGCAACUAUAUCGCCUGCGGACGUGAACUAUGGAGAGACACUGAGCACGUUACGCUAUGCUAACCGUGCCAAAAACAUAAUCAACAAACCCACAAUUAACGAAGACUCCAACGUCAGACUUAUCAGAGAACUCCGUGCGGAGAUCGCUCGGCUGAAAGCUCUGCUGGCACAGGGAAAUCAGAUAGCCCUGCUUGAUUCUCCCACAGCAUUAAGUAUGGAGGAGGAACUGCAUCAAAAUGAAGCCAGGGUUUUAGAGUUAACCAAGGAAUGGACGAACAAAUGGAAUGAAACUCAAAACAUCCUGAAGGAGGAGACUCUGGCUCUGAGGAAGGAGGGAAUCGGAGUGAUCCUGGACUCAGAGCUUCCUCAUCUCAUUGGCAUUGAUGAUGAUCUGCUCAGCACUGGCAUAAUUCUCUAUCAUUUAAAGGAGGGUAGGACAAAUGUUGGUCGGGAAGAUGCCACUAAUGAACAGGACAUCAUUCUUCAUGGUUUGGGUCUGGAGAGUGAGCACUGCCUGAUAGAGAAUCAGAAUGGAACGGUCACUCUUAUUCCUCUAAAUGACUCUCAGUGUUCAGUCAAUGGAGUGCAAAUCACAGAGCCCUGCCAGCUCAACCAAGGUGCCGUCAUUCUCCUCGGCAGAACCAAUAUGUUCCGAUUUAAUCAUCCUAAAGAGGCGGCUAAAUUAAGAGAGAAGAGAAAGAGUGGCCUCCUCACCAGCUUGAGUUUAUCCAUGACUGAUCUAUCCAAAUCCUGUGAAAGCCUCUCCACAGUCAUGCUGUAUAACCCUGGACUGGAGUUUGAGAGGCAACAAAGGGAAGAACUGGAAAAACUUGAAAAUAAAAGGCGGCUGAUCAAAGAGAUGGAGGAGAAGCAGAAGAACGACAAGGUGGAGCUUGAGCGCAUGCAGCAGGAGGUGGAGUCUCAGAGGAAGGAGUCUGAGCAGGUGCAGCUGUGCAUACGCAGACAGGAGGAGAGCCUGCGCAGACGCAGUCAGGACAUCGAAAGUCGCCUCAGAGACUUGAUUGCUGAGAAAGAGCGAUUCCAGGAGGAAAGAAACAGGGAACAGAAAGAGCAGCAAAAACAGGGGAGACACCAGCAGCAGCAGCUGGAGGAGAAGGUGCAGGAGAAUCAUGACAAGACUCUAUCCCAGUGUGAGCGAGCAGAACAAACAGAGCUCUUUCGUGAGCUGGAGCGCCUCAAAAGAGAGAGAGAGGAGCAGGCUGUCAAACUCCAGCUGGAACGAAGACGUCUGGAGGAGCGAGAAAAGGAACAGCUGAGUCUGGUUGGGCGUCUUGAGGAGCAGCUGAGGGAGCGCAGCGAGCAGGCCACCGCCCUUCUCACGCCGGAGGAGGCACGUCGACUGGAGGACGAAAGACGGACGCUCACCGAGCUCAGGGAAGAGCUGCUCAGAGUGAAGGAGGCGCGGAUCGACGAUGAGGAGGAGGGAGGGGAGGAGGCGCGGAGGAGUUUGCAGGCGCGGUACGAGCAGUUCAAGCUGAUGCAGGUGGAGGAGCUGGGUUUACUGGAGGAGUCACUCCAGCAGCAGAAGGACCGACUGGAGUGUGAGGUCACCAGUGAACGGACGUCACUUGGCCUGAUGCUGCACACACAUAAGGACAAACAGAGACAGGCGCAUGAAGUGAUGGAGCGUGGUGUGCAGGAUGUGUUGUCUCUCAGUCAGGAGGAGGUGCUGAUCCAGCAGGCGGAAUACAGACUCCAGUUCAAAGAGAAACAGCUCCUCUCUCUCCGGGAAAAACAACUGCCUGCCAUCUGUGAGGAGCGCCAGAGAGCCAGUGAACUGCUGGAGAGAGUGAGAGGAGGAAGAGGGUAUCCUGGGGCAGACAGGAGUCCAGAGGAAAUGGACAAAGAGCUGGAUGAGACACUGUAUCAGGUGGAGAAAGAGUUGGAGGAGAAAGAGGAGCGUUUGUCUCAGUACAGUGCCAGUGCCGAGCAGUUGCAGCAGCUGCAGCAGUCAUACGAGUUCACAGCGAACGUGGCCCGUCAGGAGGAGAAGGUUCGCAGGAAGGAGAAGGAGAUCCUGGAGUGGAGGGAGAAGCAGCAGCGGGAGGCUCUGGAGCAGGCGGUCGCACGCUUGGAGAGGAGACACUCGGCCCUAUGCAGGAGCCUCAAUUUGGAGCCCGACAUCGAGAGGCCUCGCAGGAGGUCACUGUCUGCACAUGGACAAAGCACUUUCAGAUCUCCAGGAACUCAGGAUCUCGACCAGAAGAGGAUGGAGAGAGAGAUUGCUCAGCUCAGGCAGAGGAUCAGUGAGAGUGAAGGAGGUGGGCGGAGUCUAAGUAUGAGUGGCGAAGAAAAGAACAAUGUGAACCAAUCACCCAUCAGCCCCAUACAGACCCUCCCCACUGUACUAUCUAUAGGAGACGAGAGGAUACAUGCAUAUAUUGAAGAGGAGGUGCAGCGGAGACUGAACCUGCUAAAUAGAGAGAAUAAUAACACAAUCUCACUGUCUUCAGACUCACUACAGGAGGAGGAACAGGACAGUGAGGGUAGCUCUGUUAGAUUGACAGAUGAGGACAGUGAUAAAAAACACAGUGAUGCACGCAAACAGAAAUACGAGCGGCUGGUGUCAAUACCUCUGGAUCCGAGUCCAGAGAGCCUUAAAGAUCCAGUGAAGAUCAGUAUACCACGUUACAUGCUGUGUGGACAGGGCAAAGAUGAACACUUUGAGUUUGAAGUCAAGAUCAUGGUUCUGGACGAAACAUGGACAGUGUUCAGAAGAUACAGUCGUUUUCGGGAGAUGCACAAAUCUCUUAAGCUGAAAUAUCCAGAGCUCGCAGCUUUAGAUUUCCCUCCCAAAAAGAUUUUUGGAAACAGAGAUGAGAGAAUGAUUGCAGAACGACGGAAUCAGUUGGAGCAAUACCUGCGGAACUUCUUCCAUGUGAUGCUGUCAUCCUCUUCCUCUUCUCCUCUGAGAACAGACAAGUGUGGAUUACACCUCUCCAAACACGCUGUGUGUGACAUCUCUCCGUUCUUCAAGAAGGGAGUGUUUGACUACAGCAGCCACGGAACAGGCUGACAUGCAUACAAACUCCAAUAAAAACACACACACACACACACACACACACACUCUCAUUGACUUUAUGAAGCUCUCUGAUAUAUUCACAUAAAUACAAACGGAUUCACUUACAGACAGGUGAAUCUCACUAAAGCAUGUCCAUAAUAUGACUUUGAAUAUGUUCUUGAUAGGUUUCACACUUAUGAACACACUCAGGAAAGAUCUAGUGAUAUGUAUGAGCAUAAGAUAAAUGAAAAAGAAGAUGUAAAUAGUUUUUCAGUGCCUUGUAGGCAGUAGCUGAGCUUUAAAUUGUUUCAUUGAAUGAGUAAUAUGGACUUCAUUUGAUGGCAGGUGGUUGCCAUAACCUGCUAAACAUCUUGUGUUUACAUUGAGGACCAUAGAGCCUGUUACAGUGGAAACCACCAUCAGACAGGAGGUCCUGUAGCUGCUAGUAGAGUUUUGUCCAUGUUCAUCUCUUUUAAGUUGCUCCAUAUGAUGAAUCGCCACUUCUUUCCUCUGGAUUCAAAGCUCUGACAAGGUGAUUGGUAAAUUUGUUUUUGAUGUGUCCCAAUCAUAAAUCGGCAUUUGCUAUGUGCGGUAAAUUAUUUAUACUUGCACCUCGCUUAACAUACUCCUAGUUAGAGGAAUAGUUCACCCAAAAAUGAAUAAUUAAUCUAUCGUAUGGCUUCAGAAGACUUGGAAUAUACAUCAUAUGGACCAUUAAAAUAAAAAAUGUUUGGGUGAACUAUUGCAAAAUUGUUCUAUUAUCCACGAUACUCAGGCUAAAAUUGUGCAGAUUUCCAUUUUGUAACCAUUAGGAGGUCGACGCUCACAAUGAUAAACUGUAUUGGCACAUAUACUGUUAGCUAAUGUCUUCCAGAAACAACAAAAACUUUUGAUUUACAUUUCACCUCUAUUGUUUGUCCUUUAUACUCUAGCGGACACCGUUAAAGGGCUUUUUCAGGAGAAUAUACUGUAGUGACAGGUAAAUUUGUCCCUUGAAAAUGAUUAAUCUAAUAUUUAGCACUAUAAAGCCAUAUGUAUAUGCAGAAUGUACAGGUAAAUGUAUUGUACCCUGUUGAUCUGUGCAGAAGAGCUUCUUCCCAUUUAACACAACUGUUAAGAGCUGUUAGGAGAAAAGGGAUUGUUGUGCUAUUAGACAUUUUUUUUUCCCCGAUAACAAACAUUUCAAGGGUUUUCCUUCAGUAUAUAUAUAUAUAUUUUAUUUUUUUCCAAUACUUAAGAGUACAGAUAGUAAGAUGUAUACAUUUUUAAAAGAUGAGCUAUUUUCAUUUCCUCUUUUAUUUCUGAAAAUGAAUGUAAUGAUUUGUGGGGAACAUAAUGAUGUGAAUAAUUGUUGUUUUAUAGUUGAUAGCAUGUCUACAUUUCAGUUUUAAGAAAAUAACACAAUCAGCUGUUUAGCACUGUAUUAAAUUAAUAUGGUUUAUUUAUAUUUGUGUACAUUUAUUAGACACAAACUGAUGCAUCAUUUCAGUGUAAUGUACAUUUAAAGCAAUAUUCUGGGUUAAGCUGAAUCGACAACAUUUGUGGCAUGAUGUUGAUUACCACAAAAAAUUAUUUUGAUUUUUCUCAACUUUUCUUAAAAAAAAAAAAGAAAAGAGAGGCAAAAAUCGAGGUUACAGUGAGGCACUUAUGGAAGUGAAUGGGGCCAAUAUUUGGAGUGUUUAAAAGCAGAAUUAUGAAUAUAAUUUAUAUAAAUUAUAAUGUAAUAUUUAUUAAUUAUAUAUUUAACACUUGUGUAUUAUUUGAGCUGUGAAGUUGUUUAAAUCGUUUUUAUGGUGGUUUUAGGAUUUAUGGCAUUACGUCGUCAUGGCAACAAAGUUGUAAAAUUGGACAACUUUAAACAGAAAAGGUAAGUACGCUGUUUUAUCACAUUAAAAUCAUGUUAACACGCAUAUUGUUUACAUCUUGUGGCUAGGGAGGGUAGAGUCACAUGGGUGACUUUUGAAACUGUUAUUUUAACGUUUACCCAAUUGGCCCCAUUACAUACUACUAUUUCUAUUUUAGCCAUACAUGGCAAAAAUAAUUAAAUAGCGCACUACUCUCAUACUCAUACUAGAUGCAUUAAGCACCAUCCUUGCUUGAAAAUAUAGUUCCAGACAUGUUAACUACUAAGGUAAUCAGGUAUUUUGAUUCAUAGAUUCAUUCAUGCUACAACGUUAGUAUUUCAGAAAUCAAGAAGUGCUUUCGUUAUUUUCUGUCGGCUGUUGAGAAUCAAAACUAGCAAUGCCGGAUUUGCAAAUGGAUGACUUUUUUGAGAAACAACAUAGUUUUGUCAAUAUUGAAAAUAAUUCUUACAAAUAUAAAAUAGUUUUACGUAAACUGUUGUUCCAUCAACAACAUGCAAGGUUUUCAAUGGGUGAUAUCAGAAUGAAAGAAGCAAAAAUAAAACUAAACACAACUGCUAGGUUUGUCACGAUACCAAGUGGUCAGUGAAAUUUCUCGAUUCUCUAGUUUAGAUUGCACAGCAAUAACUAAUAUGCUAUUAAUGUAAAAUGUAGAAUUAUAAAAUGAAAUAAAUUAAGGGCAAUGAGGGAUUUUGUGUAUUUUUCUUGUCAAUAUUUGACCAUUUCUCCCCAAUUUGGAAUGCCCAAUUCCCAAUGCGCUCUAAGUCCUCGUGGUGGCGUAGUGACUCGCCUCAAUCCGGAUGGCGGAGGACGAAUCUCAGCUGCCUCCGUGUCUGAGACCGUCAAUCUGCGCAUCUUAUCACGUGGCUUGUUGAGCGUGUUACCACGGAGACCUAGUGCGUGUGGAGGCUUCACGCUAUUCUCCACGGCAUCCAUGCACAACUCACCACGCACCCCACUGAGAGCGAGAACCACAUUAUAGCGACCACGUGGAGGCUAACCCAACAUGACUCUACCCACCCUAGCAACCGGGCCAGUUGGUUGCUUAGGAAGCCUGACUGGAGUCACUCAGCACGCCCUGGAUUCGAACUCGUGACUCCAGGUGUGGUAGUCAGCGUCUUAACUUGCUGAGCUACCCAGG